CCUGCACCCUUGCACACCCGGAGGGUCCUGGGGUCCAAGGGGGUCCUGGUCACGCCCCUGUGCACCCCACGGCUUCACGUGGUCCCUUGCCUGGGCUCCUCCUGCCCCGGGCCCCCUACAAAUGUGCAGCCCACUCUGGCUCCUCCUGUCUCCAGAGCUUGGCUUUGCAGCCUCAGUUUCCCCUUCUAGAGUGUCUUGGAUAAAGAAUCCAGUGAGGCCCAGACGCUGCCCCUCUGGAUACCACAGCCUGAGGCCUCUCCGUGAGUCACGGGGGCACCAUCCCCCACCAGGGCAGAGGCUGGAGGCCACUGCCAAGCAUGGCGCCCACCUGGAGUCCCAGCGUGUUGUCUGUGGUGGGUCCUGUGGGGCUCUUUCUCGUACUGUUGGCCAGAGGAUGCUUGGCUGAAGAGCCACCCAGAUUCAUCAGAGAGCCCAAGGAUCAGAUUGGUGUGUCAGGAGGCGUGGCCUCCUUUGUGUGCCAGGCCACAGGUGAUCCUAAGCCACGAGUAACUUGGAACAAGAAGGGCAAGAAAGUGAAUUCACAGCGCUUCGAGACCAUUGACUUUGACGAGAGCUCUGGGGCAGUGCUGAGGAUCCAGCCACUUCGGACGCCUCGGGAUGAGAACGUGUACGAGUGUGUGGCCCAGAACUCAGUGGGGGAAAUCACAAUUCAUGCAAAGCUCACCGUCCUUCGAGAGGACCAGCUGCCUCCUGGCUUCCCCAACAUUGACAUGGGCCCCCAGUUGAAGGUUGUAGAGCGCACACGCACAGCCACCAUGCUCUGUGCUGCCAGCGGGAACCCAGACCCUGAGAUCACCUGGUUCAAGGACUUCCUGCCUGUGGACCCCAGUGCCAGCAACGGGCGGAUCAAGCAGCUUCGAUCAGGUGCCCUGCAGAUUGAGAGCAGCGAGGAGACAGACCAGGGCAAGUACGAGUGCGUGGCCACCAACAGCGCUGGGGUGCGCUACUCAUCACCUGCCAACCUCUACGUGCGAGAGCUUCGAGAAGUCCGCCGUGUGGCCCCCCGCUUCUCCAUCCUGCCCAUGAGCCACGAGAUCAUGCCCGGUGGGAAUGUGAAUAUCACUUGUGUGGCCGUGGGCUCACCCAUGCCCUACGUGAAAUGGAUGCAGGGGGCCGAGGACCUGACGCCUGAGGAUGACAUGCCAGUGGGUCGGAAUGUUCUAGAACUCACGGAUGUCAAGGACUCAGCUAACUAUACUUGUGUGGCCAUGUCCAGCCUGGGUGUGAUCGAGGCCGUGGCUCAGAUCACUGUAAAAUCUCUCCCCAAAGCCCCUGGGACUCCUGUGGUGACGGAGAACACUGCUACCAGUAUCACUGUCACAUGGGACUCGGGCAACCCUGACCCUGUGUCCUACUACGUAAUUGAGUAUAAGUCCAAAAGCCAGGAUGGGCCGUACCAGAUCAAAGAAGACAUCACCACCACACGCUACAGCAUCGGAGGCCUGAGCCCCAAUUCUGAGUAUGAGAUCUGGGUGUCAGCUGUCAACUCUAUUGGCCAGGGCCCCCCCAGUGAGUCGGUGGUGACCCGCACAGGCGAGCAGGCACCAGCCAGCGCUCCCAGGAAUGUUCAGGCCCGCAUGCUCAGUACCACCACCAUGAUCGUGCAGUGGGAGGAGCCUGUGGAGCCCAAUGGCCUGAUCCGUGGCUACCGUGUCUACUACACCAUGGAGCCAGAGCACCCAGUGGGCAACUGGCAGAAACACAAUGUGGACGACAGUCUUCUGACCACUGUGGGCAGCCUGCUGGAGGAUGAGACUUACACCGUGCGCGUGCUUGCCUUCACGUCGGUGGGCGAUGGGCCACUGUCAGACCCCAUCCAGGUCAAGACUCAGCAGGGAGUGCCUGGCCAGCCCAUGAACUUGCGGGCCGAGGCCAAGUCAGAGACCAGCAUUGGGCUCUCAUGGAGUGCACCACGGCAGGAGAGUGUCAUUAAGUAUGAACUGCUCUUCCGGGAGGGCGACCGAGGCCGAGAGGUGGGGCGAACCUUCGACCCAACCACAGCCUUUGUGGUAGAGGACCUCAAGCCCAAUACGGAGUAUGCGUUCCGGCUGGCGGCGCGCUCGCCGCAGGGCCUGGGCGCCUUCACCGCGGUCGUGCGCCAGCGCACGCUGCAGGCCAAACCGUCAGCCCCCCCUCAAGACGUUAAGUGCAUCAGCUUGCGCUCCACGGCCAUAUUGGUAAGUUGGCGCCCGCCACCGCCAGAAACUCACAACGGGGCCCUCGUGGGCUACAGCGUCCGCUACCGACCGCUGGGCUCAGAGGACCCGGACCCCAAGGAGGUGAACAACAUACCCCCGACCACCACUCAGAUCCUUCUGGAAGCUUUGGAGAAAUGGACGGAGUACCGUGUCACCGCCGUGGCUUACACAGAGGUGGGACCAGGGCCCGAGAGCUCGCCCGUGGUCGUCCGCACCGAUGAGGACGUGCCCAGCGCGCCCCCGCGGAAGGUGGAGGCGGAGGCGCUCAACGCCACAGCCAUCCGAGUGCUGUGGCGCUCGCCCACGCCCGGCCGGCAGCACGGGCAGAUCCGCGGCUACCAGGUCCACUAUGUGCGCAUGGAGGGCGCCGAGGCCCGCGGGCCACCGCGCAUCAAGGACAUCAUGCUGGCGGAUGCCCAGUGGGAGAUGGACGACACUGCCGAAUACGAAAUGGUUAUCACGAACCUCCAGCCUGAGACUGCUUACUCUAUCACAGUAGCCGCAUAUACCCUGAAAGGCGAUGGCGCUCGCAGCAAACCGAAGGUGGUGGUGACCAAGGGAGCAGUGCUGGGCCGCCCCACCCUGUCGGUGCAGCAGACCCCUGAGGGCAGCCUGCUGGCGCGCUGGGAGCCCCCCGCGGACGCGGCAGAGGACCCGGUGCUUGGCUACCGCUUGCAGUUUGGGCGCGAAGACGCGGCCCCCGCCACGUUGGAGCUGGCUGCGUGGGAGCGGCGGUUCGCGGCGCCUGCACACAAGGGCGCCACCUAUGUGUUCCGACUGGCAGCGCGGGGCCGCGCGGGGCUGGGCGAGGAGGCCGCGGCGGCGCUGAGCAUCCCCGAGGACGCUCCGCGCGGCUUCCCACAGAUCCUGGGCGCCGCGGGCAACGUGUCCGCGGGCUCCGUGCUACUGCGCUGGCUGCCACCCGUGCCCGCCGAGCGCAAUGGCGCUAUCGUCAAGUACACGGUGUCCGUGCGGGAGGCCGGCGUCCCGGGGCCCGCGACCGAGACGGAGCUGGCGGCGGCAGCCCAGCCGGGGGCCGAGACGGCGCUCACGCUGCGAGGGCUGCGGCCGGAGACGGCCUACGAGCUACGCGUGCGCGCGCACACGCGUCGCGGCCCCGGCCCCUUCUCACCCCCGCUGCGCUACAGGCUCGCGCGGGACCCAGUCUCUCCCAAGAACUUCAAGGUGAAGAUGAUCAUGAAGACUUCAGUGCUGCUGAGCUGGGAGUUCCCCGACAAUUAUAAUUCACCCACGCCCUACAAGAUUCAGUACAAUGGGCUCACACUGGAUGUGGAUGGUCGCACUACCAAAAAGCUGAUCACGCACCUCAAGCCACACACCUUCUAUAACUUCGUGCUCACCAAUCGUGGCAGUAGCCUGGGAGGCCUGCAGCAGACGGUCACCGCCAGGACCGCCUUUAACAUGCUCAGUGGCAAGCCUAGUGUUGCCCCGAAGCCCGACAACGACGGUCUCAUCGUGGUCUACCUGCCUGAUGGCCAGAGUCCUGUGACUGUGCAGAGCUACUUCAUUGUGAUGGUCCCACUUCGGAAGUCUCGAGGCGGCCAGUUUCCUGUCCUGCUGGGUAGUCCCGAGGACAUGGACCUGGAAGAGCUCAUCCAGGACAUCUCCCGGCUGCAAAGGCGCAGCCUGCGCCACUCCAGACAACUGGAGGUACCUCGGCCCUACAUCGCUGCUCGAUUCUCCAUCCUGCCAGCUGUCUUCCAUCCUGGGAACCAGAAGCAAUAUGGCGGCUUUGAUAACAGGGGCUUGGAGCCAGGCCACCGCUACGUCCUCUUUGUGCUUGCUGUGCUGCAGACAAGUGAGCCUACAUUUGCAGCCAGUCCCUUCUCAGACCCCUUCCAGCUGGACAACCCAGACCCCCAGCCCAUUGUGGAUGGGGAGGAGGGUCUCAUCUGGGUGAUUGGGCCUGUGCUGGCUGUGGUCUUCAUCAUCUGCAUCGUGAUUGCCAUCCUGCUGUACAAGAACAAACCUGACAGCAAACGCAAGGACUCAGAGCCCCGCACCAAAUGCUUACUGAACAAUGCUGACCUUGCCCCCCAUCACCCCAAAGACCCUGUGGAAAUGAGACGCAUCAACUUCCAGACACCAGGUAUGCUCAGCCACCCGCCCAUCCCCAUCACAGACAUGGCCGAGCACAUGGAGAGACUCAAAGCCAAUGACGGCCUCAAGCUGUCCCAGGAGUAUGAGUCCAUCGACCCCGGGCAGCAGUUCACCUGGGAACAUUCGAACCUGGAGGCCAACAAACCCAAGAACCGCUAUGCCAACGUCAUCGCCUAUGACCACUCACGAGUCAUCCUGCAGCCCCUGGAAGGCAUCAUGGGCAGUGAUUACAUCAAUGCCAACUAUGUGGACGGCUAUCGGCGGCAGAAUGCAUACAUCGCCACACAGGGGCCCCUGCCUGAGACCUUUGGGGACUUCUGGCGGAUGGUGUGGGAGCAGCGAUCAGCCACCGUGGUCAUGAUGACGCGGCUAGAGGAGAAAUCACGGAUCAAAUGUGACCAGUAUUGGCCUAACCGAGGCACUGAGACUUACGGCUUCAUCCAGGUCACCCUACUAGAUACCAUGGAGCUGGCCACCUUCUGCGUCAGGACCUUUUCUCUGCACAAGAAUGGCUCUAGCGAGAAGCGUGAGGUGCGACAUUUCCAGUUCACAGCAUGGCCCGACCACGGGGUACCUGAGUACCCCACGCCCUUCCUGGCAUUCCUGCGCAGAGUCAAGACCUGCAACCCGCCUGAUGCUGGCCCCAUUGUGGUCCACUGCAGCGCGGGUGUGGGGCGUACUGGCUGCUUCAUCGUAAUUGAUGCCAUGCUGGAGCGCAUCAAGACAGAGAAGACGGUGGACGUGUACGGACAUGUGACCCUCAUGAGGUCGCAGCGCAACUACAUGGUGCAGACAGAGGACCAAUAUGGCUUCAUCCACGAGGCGCUGCUGGAGGCCGUGGGCUGCGGCAAUACCGAGGUCCCCGCACGCAGCCUCUACACCUACAUCCAGAAGCUGGCCCAGGUGGAGCCUGGCGAGCAUGUCACGGGCAUGGAGCUUGAGUUCAAGAGGCUUGCCAGCUCCAAGGCACACACUUCGCGCUUCAUCACCGCCAGCCUGCCUUGCAACAAGUUUAAGAACCGCUUGGUGAACAUCCUGCCAUACGAGAGCUCACGUGUCUGCCUGCAGCCCAUCCGUGGUGUCGAAGGCUCUGACUACAUCAAUGCCAGCUUCAUCGACGGCUAUAGACAGCAGAAAGCCUACAUUGCGACCCAGGGGCCACUGGCAGAGACCACAGAAGACUUCUGGCGUGCUCUGUGGGAGAACAACUCUACUAUUGUUGUAAUGCUCACCAAGCUCCGAGAAAUGGGCCGGGAGAAGUGCCAUCAGUACUGGCCAGCCGAGCGCUCUGCCCGCUACCAGUACUUUGUGGUUGACCCGAUGGCGGAGUAUAACAUGCCGCAGUACAUCCUGCGUGAGUUUAAGGUCACAGAUGCCCGGGAUGGCCAGUCCCGGACCGUCCGACAGUUCCAGUUCACGGACUGGCCAGAGCAAGGUGCACCCAAGUCAGGGGAGGGCUUCAUUGACUUCAUUGGCCAAGUGCAUAAGACCAAGGAGCAGUUCGGCCAGGAUGGGCCCAUCUCGGUGCACUGCAGUGCUGGAGUGGGCAGGACGGGCGUGUUCAUCACUCUGAGCAUCGUGCUUGAGCGGAUGCGCUACGAGGGGGUGGUGGACAUUUUCCAGACAGUGAAGGUGCUCCGGACCCAGAGGCCUGCCAUGGUGCAGACAGAGGACGAGUACCAGUUCUGCUUCCAGGCAGCAUUGGAAUACCUGGGCAGUUUUGAUCAUUAUGCAACAUAAGCCAUGGGCCCCGCCCGACACCUCAGCCCUGCGCCAAGUGCCCUGGAUGUGAGCCUAGCCCCGCUGCUGGGCUGGAGGUGGCCCAGGGAGGCCACCUCAUCGUGGAGACAGGCGCUGCCUUCCUCAUUCCCUUCUGAUUCCAAAACGAGGUUUGGGGAGGGUGGGGGUUGGGGUGGAGAGUGAAGGAGCCACUGCUUCCCACGACUGGGGUCACACAGGGACGGAACUCUGCUUUCGCACUCCCCUGCCUGCCUGUUGGCAACAUUUUUUUUUCUUAAUUUUUUUUUAAUAGUGUAUAUUUUUUCUUCAUCUUUUUUUUUUUUUUAAGAAAAAACAAAAUCGUGCCAGUCAAAACUUUGAAAAACAAACAAGAUCACUGUUUGUGCCUCUGUGGGAGGCCUAUUUUUUCAUAGUCAUCGUGCCGUGUGGUGGUUACGUGCAGCCACUUGAAACGGCUUCUGUGUGUGCAUCUUUCCCACAUGUCCGACACUGCCCUUCAUCCCCAUGUGAAUGGUGCGCUUAGUUUUUAUUUUUAACCUUUUUACUUUUUUUAAAAUCAAUCUUCAGACAUAUCAGAUAUGGAGGGUGAGGCGCUGGGGGCACUCGGGCCAGACUGCAGGGGCAUGCCAGUGAGGACACGGUGGUUGGCCUCGAUGCCCCAGUCUCUGGCGCACCAGGGAGGGCCCUCGUCCACUCAUGACCUCUGUGCCCCACAUGGAGGACCCCGUACUAUGGGAUACUUGGGGGGAUAUUUGACCCCUGGAGCAACUGAGGUCUCUCUUUGUAGGAGAGUGGGUCAGCACUUGUCCCAGCUGUUUUUUGGGCAGAAACAGCAGGUGACAUCCCUGUAUGUAGAUAAACCAACUUUGUAUUAAAGAAAGAUUCGUC